AAUUUCACUGAUUCUUGAGGAUUGUUGGUUAUAUUGAGACGAAAAAACGCCAGAAAACACUAGAAGUUGAGCUAUUAUUUUGAUUAUUAUUUCAGUCAUUAUUAGAGUGUUGUUCUAUAAUCCUUUGGGUUGUAGAAUUCGGACUGUUGAGGGUGAUUUUGGAAGGAAACGUUCGCCGAUUCGAAGGCGCAGUUGUUGCUUGUUUUUUUUCUCUUUCUUAUAUUUUUCAGCAGAAUGGCCCUUGUUCCCAAGUUCCGAAGAUUUCGCCACGGUGACGUGAUCCUGAAAGCCAGCAGAGAAGCAGACGAUUACAACAACAAGCCCGAAGACGCCAAGCCACCGAAAAGGAGUAAAACCAUUGAACAGGUUCRUGAAAAUGCUCUAAAAGCGGUYAAGGAAAGAAACGGGGAUGUCAAUAAUCGUAUUGAUGUUCUGGGAGAGUAUGAAGUUCAAUUUGGAACUUACAGAGGGACAACCUUCAGAUGGCUGCUGGAAAAUAAUCUUGGCUACACACUAUAUAUUAUCAGAAGUGUACGUCAGGAGAAAAAAGACAACAAGUCAGCACUUGGACGUAAYAAAAAUGCAUUGGUUGAGUAUGCAACAAUGUUUGAUGAAGUCAAAGCAGGUAUUGAAAUAAAGGCAAAGAAAGAUGGUACCCAAGUUGCAACCCCAAAAAACACAAGUGAUGUGACAAUUGAUGAUGAUAGAGAGCUGUGUGUUAUUGCUGAGCAGAUGGAAAUAAAAAGCAAUGAAGCUCCAUCAGCAACAUCCCCUCCUGAUUGCUUAGCUACAACGCAGCCAACAACUACCACUGUAGCUACAACGCAGCCAACAACUACCACUGUAGCUACAACGCAGCCAACAACUACCACUGUAGCUACAACGCAGCCAACAACUACCACUGUAGCUACAACGCAGCCAACAACUACCACUGUAGCUACAACGCAGCCAACAACUACCACUGUAGCUACAAUGCAGCCAACAACUACCACUGUAGCUACAAUAACGCAGCCAACAACUACCACUGUAGCUACAAUGCAGCCAACAACUACCACUGUAGCUACAAUAACGCAGCCAACAACUACCACUGUAGCUAAGCAAACCACCACUAAAAAGAAACAAAACAAUGAACAGAAACAAGAUCAGGCAAGCAAGACCGCUUUUGGACCGGAAGUAUAUGAUAAAGGAAAUUCUCUCCCAGAAGGCUGGCAAAAAAGUCUACCUAAAGAAGACCAUGUAUGGGUAGCUCAAGCCUUAUUCAAGACAAGUGUUAGGACUGGCAAGCCAGAAUUGGACUUUAGCAGGGUAAAUAAGUUGUGGUGGGAUCCUCCUCAGCCUGCACUAAUAAGCCAUAAAGUACCAAAUCCUGAUAAGUUCUUUGCCCACCGUUUGCUAUUGUGGAUGCCAAGGAAGCUAUGGAAUGUCAAACUGUCUUGCCCACAACCAGACUGUACGAAUAAAGAACUUACCAGUGCUGGAAUUUACCAGAAGGUGCGACAGGUGUUAGACAUUGAUAGUUACUACAACCUGGCAGCAGAGUACUUGGAGUGUAGAGAGUGCAAGAAGAAAAUAAUCAGCUGGAGUCCACUUAUUGUCAGACAGCUUGACCAUGGCCAUCAACUUCAAUUCCCUAUUGUAAUGACAUACCAGUAUGCUUGUGAUAUUAGGGUCAUUACUUUGCUAAGAGAGAGAAGCCUUGGUAACAGUGCAACCCAGCUACAGAAGAAGUUGGAAGAAGAGCACAGUGAAAAGUGGAUGAAGAGGACAAUCCAGUACCUCACAGAAUGCAAAUAUUUUAAAGAUGCGUCAAAGGCCAGACUUAUAUACUGCCCUACCUUUGAAGAUCCACCACCGUUUAAAGUGCUCCCCAAAUUUAAGUGGUUACUUACUGUGUAUGCUCAAGAUAUAGAGACUAGAAUCGACCAUAUCAAGGCAUCAAUAACCUCAACAUUUGGAGAUAUUCUCAAGAUGGACUCCACAAAGAAAAUAGUGAAGAAGUUGGCUGGGAAGAGUGCAGGUACUGCCACAUGGUGCACAAACAUUGGCAAUGAGAAAGGUCAAGUUCUUAUGAGUGUCUUGACAGCUAGUGAAGGUGUUGGACUUGGAGACAUGGCCAAUGGUCUCAUGAGAAGAUACAACAUGGCAGGUGUGGCCCCUCCUCAAGUUCUUUACGUUGACAGGGACUGUUGCACAGGGACAUCCAUCAAGACCAAAGAAAUGUUCUCUCUUUGGGAUAAUAUGACUAUACGGCUUGACAUAUGGCAUUUUAUGAGACGCUUUGCUGCUGGUUGUAACACUGAAGCCCAUCCACUCUAUGGUGUUUUCAUGAGCCGCAUAUCUCAAUGCAUCUUCGAAUGGAGCAAAGAAGACUUGGAGCUCCUAAAGUCAGCAAAGAAAUCGGAGAUGGAACUUCAAGGCAAAAGAAACCCCUCAGACAUGGAUGUUAUUGAGAGCAUAACUAAGAGGGAGCUUGCCCUACAUUGCAGACGGACAACGCGUAGUGAAGCAGAGAUAACUCGACUCCUAUACAACCUUUUGGAGACAAUGACAAACCAAAAAGAUGGCUAUGAUAGCUCGGGAGUUCCACUAUUGGAUUAUGAUCGCGUGUGGGAGAUUUGGAAUACUCAGAAGCAUCACAUUCCAUGCAUCCAAGACCCAGAGGGAGUGAAGCUAUACAUGCAGACGGGUACAUUGACCAAGGGCAAUGUCGUGUUGCCAACCUACAGAUGUGCAAGGGAUUCCACAUCACUUAAGUCAUUCCACCUACAUAUUAACAGAUUUAUUCCAGGAACCAGUGCUAGUGAUUGGCACUUCCAAGCUUAUCUUCUGGAAGGCCUAGCAAGGUGGAAUGCUGACCGAGCUGCUAAAUCUGUGUCUAAGGUGUCAAAUGGACCGACAACAUACAGCGGAGAGCUGGACCAUGUCAUUAAWARUCUCAGUUUGGAUGUCAUGGGAAAGAAAAUACAGCCUAAUGUCACACAAGUUGGUAUCUAUACAGGCGAACGGAUUGGAGUUGACUAUUUGUACAGACAGACAGGGCAAGUUCUUGAAAACAAGUACGAUAAUUAUGAUGAGGAAGAAGACCAAGAAGAUGUCCCCUUGUCAGAUUUUGAUCCAGAUCAGAUAGAUGAAGGGUUUGAUGAAAGUGAAGACAAUGACACUGUAGCAAUAGUUGAGGAGGUUUAUACCAUGUCAGUUGAAAACAUGACCGUUGGCAGUGAUAAAGUUSCAGAAAGUGACAGUAGCACUUCUGACGAAAGCCCUGCUGAGGACGUGUCAGAUGAAUUAUCGCGUGAGGCAGAGGCUCCUGUUGGGCCUGAUAAUAUUGAGGGAUGCAAGGAAGUUCAGGACCUGGCAGACUAUUUAGUAUCUUUAAGACAAGGAAGCAUGGCACUUACAAACUCCCAAGCAGAUGAAAUCAUACGCUUGUGGAAUAACCUCCGUGAAGUGGACAAGAAAACAACAUUCUYCCCAAGACACAGAACAAACUUAACUAAGGGAAAGUUCAAAGCAUCAAAAAAGAGAAAGAACACCGUGACUCCUGGAUUAGACAGCCUAAAGAGGCCAGCUCAAUGGCCUGAUUGCAACAGGUACAUGACUGCCAUUAUGACACGGCUUGGUGACAUCCAUCCUGCACAUGAGACCAUUAAAGGCAAAUCCAAACAGCGCUGGUCCUUAAUCUGCAAAAGUUAUAAGGGUAUCAGAGACCGUAUCGUUAACAAUGCUAGAGUUAUGCGAGGUACAAGCAUACAGCUUAUGGAAGUCAACCAUACUACAGUAGGGCAAUGGUUCUUAAGGCGGGCAAAGAAGGCAGAAGUGAAUGCAUUAAAGCAAGGAAUAACUUUAGCUCCUGCCAGUACUACAUCUGCCACUCUACCAGAAGCUGGUGUACAACCUCCAUCCCUGCCUGAGGUUGACUUCCCCUUCCCAUUUACUCAUAACAUUCCAAAGARCACCACUGGAAUGGGAAGAGGGCGAAAACUUAAAAAGCCACAAUCACUACAGCCAGCGACUGAUACUGUGAAAGUCAGACCUAUCAUGCCUAAGAAAAAGGAAGUGAGGACAGCCACUAAAAAGAAGACAUUAGAUUCAGGGACUAACUCUUCAGUGACUCUCAAGUCAGCUGCUGCUGUGGCAUCACCUAUACCACAAAACAUGCCCAAGAAUGUUACUGAAAAAGGAAAACAAAAGAAACAGCCUUCUGCCACAGCUACAGCUACAGUAAAUAUCAGACCUAAACAGUUUUUACCUCAGACAUGUUCACCCUACAUGCCCUACAUGCCACAAAUGCCCUACAUGCCACAGAUGCCUGUUCCAUUCAAUUCACCCCAAGUACUUUUUCAACCAAUGCAGCCUAUGCAAGUACCAUUGCAGAUGCCCAUGCUUGCAUCACAACAACCACAGCCUUGUUCGUCUGGUUUACAAACAGAUAGGAAGAGAAAACGUGAAAACACAGGUAGAAAAUGUGGGUCCUGUGGUAAGCCAAGACAACCUCCAACUCACAGACAAUUUUAUGGAAAUUGGUAUUGUCAGAAUACAGCAACAUUGAGCUAUGAAGAAUGGAGAAAACAGAUGGAGCCAAAAUAUAAGAAGAACAAAACAGUUUAAUUAGUUUAAGAUUUAUAUGUGAGAAUCAAAUGAAUUAAAAAAUAUAUCUUAUUUUGUGGCCGGGUGCUGGGCGGCCUUUAACUAACCCGGCUCCCCCAGUAGUAUAGUCAGCUCCUGGGAAUGGUAGUUUGGUGGAGGAAAUGCCAUCAGAAACAAACUUUUAAUGCUGCCUAGUAUUGUUACUAGAAGGUCCCAAGUCCUUGAUUUUAAAAGCAGAGGGAAAGUUUGUUUCUUUUUUUCCCCUUUUUUUCUUUUUUUACCUUUUUUCUUUUUCCCCAUUUUUUCUCUUUUUUCCUUUUUUUCCUUCUUUUUUUCUUUUCUCUUUUUUUUCUUCUUUUUAUAUUAUCCAUAACAACAGCUACUACAUGUAAACAUUGUUUUGUUAUUUAAAGCAUUUUAUACUAAUAAAUUGCAAGUUUGCGAUUUUAUUUACUUUGAUUUCCGAUAGUGCGAUUAUUUUAACAAUUAUUAUUGCGAAAUCACGGAAUAGACGUACUAUUCUGUUAUGCUACGUUAUGUUUCUAUAGAAUAUUAUACAGUAUUGCUAAUUAGGAGAAAUUAAAGUUUUUAUACUUUUCGGGAUUCCUGUGCUGUGUUAUGGGAAUCCCCUUUGGUUACGGCCUGACUUGCCGGCGCGGGCGUACUGUGCCGGAUUUCCAACAGAUUGCGAAGAAGAUUGCGCCCCUUAGCCCCGCGCUAAUCUCUCUUUAGCCAAUCACAAGUCAAGUAAGCAUUGCUCACUUCAUUUCACUUUGUUGAACAAUCACAGUCAAUCUCACUUUAAGAAGGCACCUUCACCGCACUUAAUCUUCUUCAAAUCUCUCGGGUGCUUGU